ACCACGGGUUCGUCAGCCCGCCACCGCAAGAAAGCGCAACGAGCGCGCCGGAAGAAUAGCAUGGACGCCGUCGCGCCGACCUCGCACGCGGCCCGCCGCCGCCGCCGCGCCCUCGCCGCGCGCAACGAUAGCGCCUUCAGCAGCGACGACUGCGUGGUGCCGUCCAAGUUCGCCGCGGCGACGACCGUGAACGAGAUCGAGACGCCGUCGACGACCUUCUCCGAGACCACCUACGCCGAGACGCCGAUGCCCGCGUCGUCGCCCGCGAGCUCGGUGGAGUAUCUCAGCACCUCGCCGGAGUCCUCAUUCUCCGACACGCCGGUGCCGCCAGCGCCAUCCGACCUGGAGUCGCCGCCGACGGUGCGCGCCGACGCCGCCGGUUCAAGCUUCCUCGCGCGGUCGGACGCGGACGGCUUCCCGCUGCGACGCGUCGGCUUCAGCAGCGACUCGACCUGCACCGAGACGCCGAAGGCGCGCUUCGUCCCCGAGGCCGGUGGAGUCUGCCCUCCGUCUGAUCGCCCCCCGUCGCCGAUCCAAAUUGCCAGGGAGCGCAUCGACGACGCGCUGGACAACCUCUACGUGGCGACGGGCGUCAAGCGCGCGCACGUGGCCGCGGCGGUCGUCGCGAUGCCCUGCUUCGUCGCCUCGUGGCGCUCGGCCGCGCUCCUAUGCGUGGGUACGCUCUACCCCAUCCUGUUGGCCGCGAACGCCUGUUCGGAUGACAAGGCGGCCGCGGACCGGAAGAACCUGCUCCUCUACUUCGUGUUAGCGUCGCUCCACCAGUUGGUCCCGGUCUGCUGGUGGGUGCCGUUCAAUGUAGAGCUCCGAGUAGAAAUCAAAUUCCAUGGACAGAACUCGACGGCGGACUGGCGCGCGCGCGUCGCGGCGGAGACGAACCACUGACGAAUUUCCACGCAGGUUCAGUUCGCCGUCACGCUCUUCCUCGUGCACUUCGAGGGCGCGGCGGCGCUCUUCGACUUCUUCCUCAAGGCCUACUUCGAGCCCGCGGAGGCGUGCACGGCCCUCGUCAAGACCGCGCGCAAGGUCCGCCGCCGCGUGAGCUGCCGCUUCUCGCCGACGCCGCCGAGGCGCUCCUAGGGCACAAAGGCCCUCUCCCUCCCCAAGCAAGUCAUAAGACACAUCGUUACCC